CGGAGCGGGUUGGGGGCGGACUUCGGCCCACAGACUUUGCUAGGGUGCUUUGUGGGCUGGUUUUGUGGCCCUGGGCCUGGCAUGGCGGCCACCUGGGUCCUGUCUUCUCCAGGCUGCGGUGCGCACUGGGCAUGCGCGGUCCGGAGCGGCCGCCUGGACACCGAGUCCCCAUCCCUCGCCCCCUCCCAUCUGCAGUCAUUAAAGCAAAGCUGAGGCUCGGCUGCAAUGGCCGCGCUGCCUCCCUCACGGGGCUCAGCCAGAUGCUGCAGAACAAAGCUUGUGGAAUGAAGCACAUCAACCUGUCCUUCGCUGCGUGCGGAUUCCUGGGCAUUUACCACUUGGGGGCAGCCUCGGCCUUCUGCAAACACGGCCAGAAGCUGCUGAAGGACGUCAAGGCCUUUGCGGGGGCUUCCGCGGGGUCCUUGGUGGCUUCGGUCCUGCUCACAGCACCGGAGAAAAUAGAGGUAAUGGGGUGGCCCCUCGGCCGCCUUCCUCAGCCAGAAAUCAAGAUCCAGCAACAACGCCGGAUGCUCACACUCACCGUUUUCCGUUUCCUCCCUCAGGUGCUCCUGGCCAGCAGCUUCCUGCCCCUCUAUGCCGGCCUGAAGCCCGUGGAGUACAAAGGACAGACGUGGGUGGACGGCGGGUUCACCAACAGCCUCCCCAUCCUGCCCGUGGGCCGCACGGUGACCAUCUCCCCCUUCUGCGGCCGCCUGGACAUCUCCCCGCAGGACAAGGGGCAGCUGGGCGUCUACGUCAGCAUCGCCAACCAGGACAUCUUGGUGUCCGUGGCCAACUUGGUGCGGCUCAACCAGGCCCUGUUCCCGCCGGGCCAGCGGGAAAUGGAAUCCCUGUACCGUCGCGGCUUCCGGGACGCCGCUGGGUUUUUGCUCAAGGAGAACUGGUUCGAGUAGAGGGCCUCCAGGCACGUCCCGAGUCCAUUGGGGAUCGGUGAUGAGAUUUCUAUAAGCCGUCAGAAUUCUGUCACAGUUACCGGUCGUGGUCACGGUUUGCGUCAUUUUUAAUAGUUAAAUGUUCCCUGGCUGCAAAGAAAGACGAGGCAUUUCAUGGAAGGUGGCCACGUUAUCAAGGGCACAACGCGGGAUGCACUUACGCAGAUAAACUGGAAAACACGGAGACUCGAGCCCACCUCGAAGCCUUGGGAAUAAGAAGUGAAUCCCGCC